ACAGAUAGAUCUACUUAAUUACUUUAUCCUGUGAAAGCUUGCUAUUAUAGAAACACUUGAAGGUAAUAUGAAGACUUAAUUCCUCCCUGUUUCUAUAAAUAUUUCCUGUUGAAAAUAAUUAUACGUUUCUCCAAUACAGAUCCAUUUUCUGCUUUACGCACAGGAUGAAGACGCUUAACUGCUAUGUGCUGUUAUUUUGCUGGAAAGCAAUUUGUUGCUAUAGCUGUGAGCUCACCAAUAUUACUAUAGCAGUGGAAAGAGAAGAAUGUGAAUUCUGUAUUACAGUGAAUGCCACGUGGUGCUCAGGAUACUGCUUCACAAGGGAUCCGGUAUAUAAAUAUCCACCAGUAUCAUCCGUUCAGCAAACAUGUACCUUCAAGGAGGUUGUGUAUGAAACAGUGAAGAUCCCUGGCUGUGGUGACCAUCCUGAAUCUUUUUAUUCAUACCCGGUAGCUACAGAGUGCCACUGUGAGACCUGUGACACUGACAGCACUGACUGCACUGUGAGGGGACUGGGGCCAUCCUACUGCUCCUUCAGUCAGAAUGGAAGUAACCAAUGA